UGUGCAACUGCACAGACUCAACUAUUUACUUGACUUAUAUUUUAUUCAAGUAUCAUUAAUUUUCGUAUUACGUAUAAACAAUAAUAACAGUACAAAUAAAUCUGAACAUGCCUCCAGCUAUACCCGACAGAUGGACAGCUUAUAAACCAUGUGGAAAAAUAAUUGAUGGAACCAGAAUCAUAUGCUUUAAAGUGCCUCUCAGGAGGAAUGUUCAGCAAGGCAACAAUGAAAUUAAUUACAUAUGGGAUAUACCGACUUUACUACGGGACGUACCUAAGUUGGGAGCUGUUAUAGAUCUAACAAAUACAGCCAGAUACUACAAUCCAAGGGAUCUACAAGAGGCUGGAGUUCUACACAAGAAAAUUUUAAUGCCGGGCCGCGUUAUACCUCCUGAGAACAAAGUGAUAGAAUUUAUGGAUACCGUUGACGAGUUCCUGGGAAAAGACUGCGAUUUAAUCAUCGGCGUUCACUGCACUCACGGUCUGAAUCGAACUGGCUAUAUGGUAUGUCGUUAUAUGCGCGACCGCCUUGGGAUUCUGGCGAAAGACGCCAUCAAAAAAUUUGAAAAAGGACGUGGUUAUCAAAUAGAGAGAGAGAACUAUUUAGCUGAUUUAUUAGGACAGAAGCUCCCUCCACCUGAUCUAGGACAAUCUACGGAAGUGAAACCUAUAGGUAUGAAUUAUAACAUGUAUAGGUCACCUUUCGGUGAAUAUGAACGAAAUGACUAUCAAAGCAAUGAGUGGUACGUAAGGAGAGAAGGAAAGUUCCGUACUAGAAAAAGAAUCUCGCGGUGGGACGCGUACGAAGAUAGUCGCAGGAAAAGACAAAGGAAUGAUAGUUCUAGUUCAAAUAGAUCGUACGAUUAUAAGUACGAUUACUGAUAUUUCCGUCGACUAUUAAUUUCUAGUUGUAAGGUUUCCUGUCCGAUGUUACUGUUUAUAAAAUUAUCUAGUGGUAAGAAUGUAAUUAGUGUAAUUGUUUGUUAGUGUAAUACUUUGUGUCUGAGAAUCUAUAACUGUGCACAAUAAAAAAAAUUGACUGAACUGAGUUGAUGCCUUAGCGAAGGCCGUAGACUAAAUUAAAAAAAAAAAGAUUUUGAUUGUUAACGAUAAACUUAGUAUUAAAUCAGAAACAUCUAUU